CUUUCAACGUGCCUGUGCAACCUGCCCUUUCUUUUGCAAAAUGUCGAGAUUACCAAAAGGUCCAUCUCCUAACUCUCGUUUAGCAAAUCCAUACGGCACCCUUCCAAGAAGCUCGAAUGCCGAUAGGUAUUCUGAACAGACGGCACCGCCGUCUCUUACUCGAAGAGCAACCAAUGUUUCUCGUGUUUCAGAUCCAACUAGCGUUCAGCCAAGAACAUCAAAGUCAACUACGUUGCGGCGAGGCACCACCACCACUCGUACCUCAAUAGCUUCACUGGAUGAGAUGUUCCAAGAAUCUAACCGGUAUUCAACCGCCUCAUCACUUUCUGGUAGAACGACACCACAGAGAUCUUCAAUCGCGUCUUCUGCAACCACCAUUUCUCCAAAGCCUUCGAAAUCCACCAAAGCUCUGAACCGUGUAUCUUCUGUAAGCAGUGGUCGUCGACCAGUAGCAGCAGAGAAGGUAGCUACUUCACAAGGUGACGGCCAGCUACGCAUCGGACAACGAGUCGCUAUGCACUCUCUAGGGCUUUGUGGUACAUUGCGCUUCCUGGGACCAACUGAGUUCAAGUCUGGUAUAUGGGCAGGCGUUGAAUUAGAUAUAGUUGGUACAGGAAAAAACGAUGGAAGCGUCAGUGGCAUUGACUAUUUUACAUGCCCGCCGCAGACCGGUCUUUUUCUACUUUCAACAAAAGUAACACCGUUGUCGGAACCAGAUACCGACUCAGUUAGAUCAGAUUCGCCUUCUAAUAGAUCCCUGGAUAAUGGACGGCAACGCUCAGCAUCUUCGGCCAGUAACACCAGUGAUCGUCCUCCUAUACGCACAGCAUCCGCUCAUAAUGCGGCUCUAGCAGCUGCACGGAUAUCAAGUGGCUCAAGAGCAUCAAAAUACUUGGGCAUGACGGCAAAUCAACUUACCCAAGGACGUACAAAUACGAACAUGAUCAAUAGGACUAAAAAGAGCGUCACACCUCUCACACGAUCGUCCACAAAUGCCAGUAGAACUACUACGCCUAUUUCCCGAAAAUCUCAUGUACCACCGGGUAGUGCAGCACGUCGGAUAUCAACAGCUUCGGCCACUUCAUCAGCUAUAGCAUCUCCCACUCCACCGCCACAGAGUCCUGAUAUCAGUAGACACUCAUAUGUAUCAUCUACAGAUGGCGGCGAAGAUGAAGCAUUGCACAACCGCCUACAUCGACUUCUGGGCGACGCCAUAUCUCAAGCUCCCGAUGAAAAUGUAAUGCGACUACAACAAUUACAACUGCGAGUUGAAGUUUUGGAGGCGGAAAAUAAAUUUUUGAAGCUGGAGAAUGCUCAAAAUAAGUCGGCUGAGCAAAUCUUGGAGAAAUCGUUGCUUUUACAUAAACAAAACGGUGAUACAGAAGAUGUCACGUUUACCCUGGAAGGUCAUCAAGCGAUUGUCGACCAAUUGAAGUCUCAACUGGAAGAGAGUCAACAGAAAUGGGAUACUGACAAAGCUCGAUUGGAAGAGAGUAAACAGAAGCUGACAAUGCAGACCGAGGAAUUCAACCAAAAGCGCGACGAAUGGACUGCGGAGCGUGAGAAUGCCGAGAAUCGAGCUCAUGAUAUUGAACGAGAGAAGAGUCGUUUAGAUUCGAAAAUUAUGGAGCUGGAAGAAAAGUUAGCGGUAUCCGAAGCUAAUGCUGCAGCAGCCAUCGCACAGCAGGCAGCUCUCACCAGAUCUAAAGAGACUGACACGGAUGAGGGGCUUUCUGAAGAGAUGUAUGACCAACGGCGACGACUGGAAGCCGAAAUGGAGGAAGUUCACGACAAAAUGGCUAAUUUGACAGAGGCAAUGCGUGCUAAGGACAUGUUCUUGCACAACAUGUCUGAACAAGUAGAGUCCUAUCGCAACAUGUGUGAAGAAAAGGAGCGAGAGAUUCGUCGCAUCAAGAGUGAUUUUGAACGAGAGAAGCGUGACAAAGACCGUCUUCUGGAAGAGAUCUCUGAGCUCGAAACCCGCCUUCGGGAACUUGACGAUGCUGGCGAAAGCAAGAUGCAGCUGGAAAAGAAGAACAGAGAAUUGGAAGAAACCAAGCGUCGAUUUGAAAGAGAGAAGCGCGAACUAUCGGAACAACUCGAACGAAGUAUGACGGAUAAGAUUGAAACCGAAGAAGACCAUCAAAGUUCCUUGCGAAGAUUGGAACAGACUGUGGAGGAUUUAAAGAAAGCGGGAUUCGAAAGUAUCGAGCUAUACGAAAGUUCUGUCGAAAUUCACAAAAUUGAAAUGGAGAAGAUGAAUGCUGUGCUUGCUGAGGAAAGGCGCAGAAACAAGAUGAUGGAUGUCGAGCGAGACGAACUGCGAACUGCUGGUCUGGACGCAAUUGAAGCUUACGAAUCUACCAUACACGAGUUAAAGGCACAGCAUUCAGAUGAGAUUGAACACCAGGAAGACCAAAUCAAACAGUUGCAGGAGGAAGUCACCGAUCUUCGAAAACAGAUAGACCAACUUGUUAAUGCUAGUCAAGGCGGCAAGGAUGAAGAAGUCGAAAAGAUCAAACUUGUAUGGGACUCUGAGCGAAAGCGAUUAGAGGAACACAUUAACAGCGCCAAGCAGAGCUUGACUGAUCAGCAACAGCAGCAGCAGCUCUUACGACAGGAAAACGAGAAAUUGACAGAAAAUUUAAAGCAAUUCGAAAAACUGAGUGCUGAGAAAAACAACUUGGAAACUCGUCUUCAAGAUGCCGAACGAGAUUACGAGGAGCUUAGUAAAUUGCGAAACAAGUCAUUAGAAGACAUGGGAGGCGCUUUUGAAGCACAAAAGAAAGCAGAGGCAGAAUACAGAAACUUGCAAGAUACUGUCACUAAACUUCAUAGUGAAUUAGAGCAGCAAAAGCAAGAAUUAGUAAUACUGCAUCAAUCCAAGGAUCAAGCCGAACAAGCUACGAAGAGCGCAGACUCCUCGUCUGCUGCUAUACAACAGCAGGAACAGCGCAUUGCUAAUCUCCAGCAAGAAGUUGAAAAAUUGGAAGCUCAGAAUCAGAUGGUAGUAAAGCAGAAGGAGCAGCUGGCACUAACUGUCGAACAACUUGAAAAAUUCAAAGCUGCUCAACUUUCGACGAGUAAAUCAACAACUACUAGUAAGGACGAUCAACGACAUAUCAAGGAGUUGGUGAACAAAGCAGAGAAAUACGAAGAAGAAAUUGCUUCACUAAAGCACACAGCAACAGGCGCAAAGAAGGAAGCGGAGGCGCUCAGCGACGAGAACAAAAAGCUCAACGUUGAAUACGAAAAGCUUUUGGAGGCACAUAAGAGUGUGGAGAACGAGUGCUUAAAGCUCAUGGAUGAAGUGGAGCGAUUGCACUCCGAAGGGCUAAUGGGUCUUGAUGACAAUGACACUCAAGGUCAAGAAACUGCAAACAUCAAUGCCAUGUCUGACUCCUCACCGGACAACGCAAAGUUGAUUCUUCUCCAAAAGCAAUAUGCCGAAAAGCAAACGCAACUCGACCGCAUUAAUGUUCAGCAUGCCGCACAAAUCCGCGAGAUACAACAGAGCCUGAGUGAUUUAGAACGCACUAAACAACGAGAAAUUCAUGCACUCAACAAAGACAUUGCGGAGCUAGAGUCUUUGAUUGAAAGUAAGAUUUUCAAGGAGGCUGAUCUUGAAGAAGCCGUUGAAUCAGAGCGAAAGACUGUAAAACGAUUGCGGGAUGAAAUAUCAGAUCUUAAAAUUCAAAUCAAAGAUUCCAGUGCCAGGAGUAACGGGAAGUCUUAUGAACGCAAGGCUUCCAUCACGAACAGUUCCUCAGUAAAAGCACCAUCCAUGCCCAUUCCAGCAACUGCCAAGAAGACGAAUGACGCACUCUAUUGUGAAAUCUGUGAACAGCAUGGCCAUGAUAUUAUUAGCUGUACAGCUUUGCUGAGCGAGGCUGAUUUUGCUGCGGAGACAAAGAGAGUAAACACAAGUAGUAAUGCAGACAGUGAUCGACCGUACUGCGAGAACUGUGAGGAAUAUGGUCUUCACGCUACGGACAACUGCCCUAAUGGAGAUGAGACCUUUUAAAUACCUUCAUAUAUCAUACCCUAUAGGAAUGUUCUGAUAAUUAUUAUUGUAUACCCCUGCGUGUGUUAUAAAAUGAAACUGAAAUAUCAUUGUAUGUCAAAACCAG